CAUCUGAGCAGCCGCUUUUGCUUGUCCUCGCGUCACGCUGGUCGUUCGUUCUUGGUUCUCUCUACUCGCUCUCUAUAAUUUCCUCCAUUGGAUUAUAGUAAAUUACCGGUGCAAUGAAUCGCAAACAAGACCAGAGCAGUUCGUGGUCGCUCAAAAAAAUAGUGUCACUCAAAAAAUGUUGAAGACAGUCGUGACAGGCAGAAAAGCUGCAAAAGUAGCGGGAUAAUAUUUAUUAGGCUUGAAGACGAGCAGCUAGUGUUGAAGAUCAAGUACUGGGUGCAUGGAAGUACUGGAGAGGUACCACUAGCCUUCUGAGCCAACACCUGAACCACGAGCACCCGAUGCAACCACCAUAAUUAUUUGAGGAAGAAGUGCAUUUAACAAGAAAAUCAAUUCUAAUUCAAGUAUCGAAAGAUGGCGUCCGCGAAAAACGACGCGCUGCGGGAGCGGACGCUGGAGGGUAGUUUGAAUCACUACGACGAGCAGCGAUGUGUGGGAACGGCCAACGACAAGGCGAUCGCGGCGCGACUGGGUGGGCACAACUGGAACAUAGUCAACAACGGCGAGUCCGACGAGAUUUACCUCCGGCAGCUGCGGAACAACGACCACUUUGUAGACAAGAGCUAUCAACGAAGAUGCAAAAUGUAUCGUGAUGUCGGGGAUGGGAACAAGAUAACACUUUGUCCUGCAAAUUUUAUCCGGUCAUGCUCAUGCUUGCCAGAUCUUUGAAUGCGUGAAAUCGAACACAAUAAAUUUGCUCGUCGCCGUUCCUCGAGCCACCACCAGACUACAUAUUUGCAAUUCAUAAGGGCAAUCGAACGACGAACAAAUGGUUUCAGAGGAGACGGGCCUUUCCAAGGUAAGUACAGAGUUUAUUUUCGCUGAUGCGUGUUCUUGACCACGACCUUCUUGUUGGGCAGGGGUAGAAGUUGUACUAGAGCCAGACUUUCUCAUGUUGCAGGCGGAUGCUCGCACGUUGUCUCUCUGUGGCAUCUUCAAAGGACAUGAUGAACAACUAAGACACAUCAACAACUCAUUCUUCAAAAGGGACCCGCGUGAGCCGGUGAAGCACUGCCUCACCGCUCUGGAUAUGCAUCGCAAAUAUGUUUGCGCCUGGAAGUAGAUAGAAAGCAAGGUCUGUCAGGCUGGGCUAACACUAACAGGAGGAGAGAAAAACCCAUCUUGCCUAUGAUCUAUGGCGAUUCAAGCCCCGCCUGUUUGAUUUGUCAUGAUAAAAUGCUAUAAUUGCUCGUCAUGCCGUUUACUUAGUCGUGUUCGCGUACGACAUGCUUAGCCGUUCAAAACAUUUUCCAUGCGUGACUCUCUACGAGUUCGAGAGAGGGCUGCGGCUGCUUUUUUCCACCCACACGACAAUUUCAUCAGAAAUUUCCAGAGCCAGAUCGAUAUUUGCAUUCGAUACUGGACGAGCAUCCAAAAGUCGCCGACAAGGAGUGCCGCAGGCUGGAGCUCCAUCUGGCGCAGUUGGAGAACCACCAGAACUUCGGGGAUUUUCAGCGCAGAAGGCACGAACUCAGGCCUGACGGCUCACCCAGGCCGAACAGGAGAAAUUUAACUGACGUGGUAUUCGCAUUACAACUCUGCUUAUUUCUUCGCAGCCCCGGCUACUGCAGGGGUCUGAUUCUUCAUUAUACCGCAAUUCUUGAACUUUCACUUUGUAUUGCAUCUAGUUCCGCUUGUUGAGCCACGAGGUCGACAUCUAAAACGAACUCGCCGCGAAAUGGCAAAAUUCUCUAACUGUGCAUGUUGUUGUUGAUGUGCAGGAUUAAAGUCUUGCUUACCUGCUUUUGCUUCGCAUUCGGCGCAUGAGAUAGUGGAUCGUGUAUUCAUAUUUGCAUCAUGAUGUGGUUGUGGGAGAUCGAAUAAAAAGAUUGAUUCAUACCGCUUUUCUAUCAGGACGACAAAGUGAAUGCAACGCGGACGCGGUCAAAGAGCGAGUACUUGGAAAAGGUGAUGUACUCAUUUAUGCCCUGCUACUCAGCUAGAACAGUCGCACAACUGGAACAAGGUAGGGCUAAACAUUGUGUGAGCCGAAGUUGUUACAACCAAUUCAAAACGUCCAGACCUGUCUACUAGCGGCAUAAACGGUAAAAAAAGCCGAGCCUGCUCGGUCCCGAUUUGCAUGACAAAGCUUGUACUUGUGCGGAUAAUUGUAAUGCGGCUUGAUGAUGAAGAAGAAGAUGAUGAGCUGCUGCAUUGUUACAUUUGUCAUGCGGAACACCUACCCCCUGGAACAAGUACAAGCCAGACAGAUUUUUAUCCGCUGUUUGCAUCACAGUUUGUUCCACAUGGAUGAGAUUGAUGCUCCAGUUGAGGCGUCCAUAUCAACAAGGUCCGAUGCUUCAUCGGCGAGAAGUAGUGCGCGAACACAACGUAUCCAACAAAAAAAGUUUAAAGUUUGUCACGGUCACUCGUUGGCAUUUUCGCACUAGAAAAAUGUGAAUGUCUGCCAUGCAUAGAGUAAAUGCAUCAACAGAGCAGUAUAGUCCUAUAGGAUGAAGAACGCGAAGAUUCAUUCCUUUGUGUUUCUCCUGCAAUCAAUACGAGAAAAAAUUUUUGCGCUGGAAAAAGUUCUGAUGCAAAAGCUGCAGUAAUUAGUUUUGAUUGUGACCAACACCAACCGCAACUUUUCUGUCCAUACAACCUAGAGUGAGGUAUCCCGACUGGAGGCAAGUGCAGAAUGAGGUACCUAUGGAUUUUUUUCGUAGGUAUAGGAGCACAACGACAACAGCUACAAAUACAAUGCGCUAGAAUGAAUUGUAUCAGGACGAAAAGACGAGGAAGUUGAGAAUGAGAUGAUGCUACUAGUGUCUGACACAGUUUAUUCUGAUUGUUAUUCAUUCAUGCUCUCAACAAAAGCUAAAGCACAAAUCCACAGCAAACCACACCUAGGGAAGAAAAUCGUAAAUCUCUUUCGUGAUGCUUGAAUUUUUUACAGUCCGCAGCGUUUUCGAAGUGCAAGACGGCCAACACGUAUUCGCAAUCGGUGCACACGACUGCAGCGGGACAAGACCUCAUUAGCCAGCAGAUCUACAAGUCAAAACAAAGGUAAGUAAGCACCUACUACGAUAGCCACACUGUCAUUCGAUGUUGAUUAAUGAAUAAAUAUGAAAAGCAAGAUGAAUCGAUCCGGGAAAUUAGGUCUGAAGAUGUUCCAUGCCCAGGAUGAUGCUUGAUGAAAAUGAAGAACCUCUUUACUGAAUCUGCAUACGGCACGGCGACACGACAUCAUUCUCGAUUGAGAAUCGCCACUACAUCUACAACAGGAUACCGAACUACGAUUUCUCAGUGCUGUUAUCCUGCGCGAAAGAGAAAGUAUCGCACUCGGAAUGUUGUCAAUUGCAAUUGCAAUACUUCUUACUGCAUGACAAAUCUUCCACUUCAUAUGGGAACAAUAACAAUAAACCGAAAGCAGCAUUAGAAAUGGCGGAUAUCAUUUUGAGAAAAUUCGUAUGAUGCACAAUGCAACUUUUCGUACUAUUGCGACUGCGAUACUUUUGCGAUGCAUAGCAGAGAAAAAACAAUAAUUACUCGUCCGAAGACAAGCUCUUCCGGCACGACAGCUAUUACCGGAAAUAUGAGAGUGCACAACUUUCCCCUUCUCCCCUUUAAUCAUUGCAGGGCAUGAAUAGCAAUGCAAUUAAGACUAAGAACACCAGCAGUUUCCAUAAAGGCUUUGUGUGACAUGACAUAACUGCAGUGCCACUGUCGUGUCUGGGCUAUGCCGCAAAAGCUUGUCAUGCAAACACUGCUGGCAAAUUUUUUUAUUUAAUUCAAAAUCAACUAGGAGAACAAUGCAAGGCCUGGUGGACUUUGCCUUUUGCAUCGCAAAUGAGGGGAACCAAGGGGAAUAGUGCACUCUGAUAGGGAACCCAGGCUAGCCAUCACAAACCCGUCAGUGAAGUACGACAUUGUGAACAACGUGGUGCUAUGGAUUGCAAAUAUCUCUGGGUCUGGAUGAGUGCAGACGUUUGCCAUUUCCAUGCAGUUUUUGCGCGCAACACAAGGCCUGGCAUGAAAACCCUAGCACCAUGGGCCCUGAGAAGGUUCUUAAGUACUGGUGGUCAACGCCUAACCCGCAUAUACUUAGAAGUAUCCUCUUUAGGCGGCAAAAAGUCUAUAACUUUUGUCUUUUGAUGUGCCCGCCAGGCAUGGGAGAUUCAUUUUGAUGUGAACUGGAAUGCGCACCAGGACCAGCAUCACAGGUCUGCAUCUUCCGAGACCCAGACAUAUUUGCAAUGCAUACGUGCACCCGUUCAAGUACUCGUGAAGAUAGGCAUGCUUGGUCGUGCAGCUUUUCUUGUUUCGCAGCUUAUCAUUUGAUAUUGAUAUGUUGUGGAAAAGAAAACUCGACGUCUUCUGGCUGCUUAUUCCUAUUUCUAUUUAUUAUCUACUGUUUGUAGGAUGAAUUUAAAUGAAACAGAAACAGAAAGAAAAUGAACCAUUAAACUUCAUCAACUUCUUAACCAUUUAUUAGCAAAAUCGAAGGACGAAACCCAACCCACUUCUCAGUGUGGUGAAGAGAUGAACCUUUAAUCUUUUAACCGUUUGAUUAUGAUUCUUGCAACAAAUUGCUUCUGGUGCGUUGAAAAUGACGGUAUGCACCGCCGAUUCAGCAGCCAGUUCCGGCUGGUGUACUCAGUGGAUGCGGCGAGGAGGAGCAACGCAGGCGUCGUGUAGCCCUUCUCAUCACCGUGCCGCUUCGCGAAUCGUUAGAGCUGGAAACGCACCCGGGCGGCAUGAAGUAUCAUCUAGCAAAUGCACCCUUUUGGAAAAUGAUCGCUUGAGCUUUUUUCUUAAACUGUAAACUACUGAACUGGCACACAACUACCCGUGUUGGAUUUGGAAAGAAACAAAGAAUACGGAAGAACAACGGAU